UGAGAGAUCGAACAAAGCAACUGUGUGUGUGUGUGUGUGUGUGUGUGUGAGAGAGAGAGAGAGGGAGGGUGAGGGUGGGUGAGGAGAAGUCAUUGCAUGCUGCUUCUGCUCUGAGCAAUGUCGGAACAGCAGCAGCAGACUUUUCAGCAGCAGGAAGAGGAGAUGAUAAAAGGGGUUGUGGUGGUGGAGGAAUGGAGCCAACCCGAGCUGCAAGCCUUCCGCCUCAACUCGCCUCCGCAUCGCACUCCAAAAGGCGAGGACUUGCUGGUAAUCGAAGUGACGGAGAGAGGAGGUAGCUCUGCUGUCUCCAGAGUCCACAUGGAGGCGGCGGAUGGUGGGAAUCCUAAGGCGGAGGAACCUCCGCCGCCGCAGCAGCCGCAGCUGCCGUCAUCGGCCUCGAGUAGCAGUCAGGAAGACAAGAAGCCUGAGCCGCCGGCGCCGACCGUCGGUUUCCGCGAACUUUUCCGCUUCGCUGACGGGCUCGAUUGCACGCUGAUGGCCAUCGGCACUGUCGGCGCCAUCGUCCAUGGUUGCUCCCUCCCAAUCUUUCUCCGCUUCUUCGCCGAUCUGGUCAAUUCUUUCGGGUCCAACACUAGCGAUCCCAGCACCAUGGUCCGCGAGGUCGUCAAGUACGCUUUCUACUUCCUCGUUGUCGGCGCUGCGAUUUGGGCGUCUUCCUGGGCCGAGAUAUCGUGCUGGAUGUGGACGGGCGAACGGCAAACCACCAAGAUGAGAAUCAAGUACCUGGAAGCCGCGCUGAACCAGGACGUCCGCUACUUCGACACCGAGGUGCGCACCUCCGACGUCCUCUUCACCAUUAACGCCGACGCGGUCAUAGUGCAGGAUGCCAUCAGCGAGAAGCUUGGGAAUUUUAUCCACUACAUGGCGACGUUUGUGUCCGGCUUCGUGGUGGGCUUCACGGCGGCGUGGCAACUCGCGCUCGUCACGCUCGCCGUCGUCCCUCUCAUCGCCGUCAUCGGCGGCUUCCACGCAACCGCAUUGGCCAAGCUCUCGUCCAAGAGCCAGGACGCCCUCGCCCAGGCUAGCAACAUCUCCGAGCAGGCGGUGGCACAGAUCAGGACGGUGCAGUCCUUCGUUGGCGAGACCAGAGUCUUCCAAGCUUACUCCUCUGCGCUCGGAGUAGCUCAGAAGAUUGGCUAUCGGAGUGGAUUCUCCAAGGGACUGGGCUUGGGCGCGACCUACUUCACUGUCUUCUGCUCCUAUGCCUUGCUGCUCUGGUACGGAGGGCUUCUGGUGCGCCACCACCACACCAAUGGCGGGCUCGCCAUCUCUACCAUGUUCUCCGUCAUGAUAGGAGGAUUGGCUCUUGGGCAAUCGGCUCCUAGCAUGGCAGCAUUUGCCAAGGCAAGGGUGGCUGCAGCCAAGAUUUACCGAACGAUCGAUCACAAGCCAAGCAUGGACAUGAAGAACGAUUCAGGGGUUGAGUUGGGUGCCAUCACAGGGCUUGUGGAGUUGAAGAAUGUGAAUUUUGCUUACCCAUCAAGGCCUGAUGUCCCUGUGCUCCGAGACUUCUCACUCACUGUUGCUGCAGGAAAGACCAUUGCUUUGGUUGGAAGCAGUGGCUCCGGCAAGAGUACAGUGGUUUCCCUCAUUGAAAGAUUCUAUGAUCCCACUUCAGGACAAAUUCUGUUUGAUGGGCAUGACAUUAAGUCUCUAAAGCUAAAGUGGCUCAGGCAACAGAUCGGCCUUGUUAGCCAAGAGCCUGCCCUUUUUGCAACCACCAUCAAAGAAAACGUUCUUCUCGGCAGGGAAGAUGCCACACAAGUAGAGAUAGAAGAAGCUGCAAGAGUGGCAAAUGCUCACUCCUUCAUUGUGAAGCUGCCAGAUGCCUACGAGUCCCAGGUCGGCGAGAGAGGGAUGCAACUCUCUGGUGGACAAAAGCAGCGCAUUGCCAUUGCGAGAGCGAUGCUAAAGAACCCGGCAAUUCUUCUACUAGAUGAGGCAACUAGUGCUCUUGAUUCUGAAUCUGAGAAACUUGUGCAAGAGGCGCUCGAUCGAUUUAUGAUUGGCCGCACAACACUUGUAAUUGCCCACCGUCUGUCAACUAUUUGCAAAGCUGAUGUUGUUGCAGUUCUCCAGCAAGGGAGCGUCACUGAGAUUGGCACACACGAUGAACUCAUGGCCAAAGGCGAAAAUGGCCUUUAUGCAAAGCUAAUUCGCAUGCAGGAACAGGCCCAUGAGGCAGCUCUAAUAAAUGCCAGGAAGAGCAGUGCAAGGCCUUCGAGUGCUAGAAACUCUGUGAGCUCUCCAAUCAUUACACGGAACUCAUCAUAUGGCCGAUCACCAUAUUCUCGCCGUCUCUCUGACUUCAGUACGUCUGAAUUCAGCUUCUCAGUUGAUCCAAAUCAUCGAAUCGAGAAGCUUGCAUUUCGAGACCAGGCCAACUCAUUCCUGCGGCUUGUGAAAAUGAAUUCACCAGAAUGGUCUUAUGCCCUCAUAGGUUCAAUUGGUUCCAUGGUGUGCGGUUCGAUGAGUGCUUUCUUUGCUUACGUUCUUAGUGCUGUCCUCAGUGCCUACUAUGCUCAGGAUUAUAAGUACAUGCGCCGGGAGAUUGGCAAAUAUUGCUACCUCAUGAUCGGUGUUUCAUCUGUUGCUUUGCUCUUCAAUACUAUGCAACAUUUCUUCUGGGAUGUGGUUGGAGAAAAUUUAACAAAACGUGUCCGAGAGAAGAUGUUCAUGUCUGUUCUCCGAAAUGAGAUAGCGUGGUUUGAUAGAGAGGAGAACGCUAGUGCUAGAAUUGCAGGAAGGUUGACAUCAGAUGCUCAUAAUGUGCGAUCUGCAAUUGGAGACCGUAUAUCAGUCAUUGUUCAGAAUACUUCACUGAUGCUUGUUGCAUUCACUGCUGGAUUCAUUCUCGAAUGGCGGCUAUCUUUGGUUCUUGUUUCUGUCUUCCCCAUUGUGGUUGCUGCCACUGUUCUUCAGAAAAUGUUCAUGACGGGUUUCUCAGGAGAUCUAGAAGUUGCUCAUGCCAAGGCUACACAAAUUGCUGGGGAGGCCAUUGCCAAUGUUCGUACAGUCGCCGCUUUCAGUUCAGAGGAAAAGAUCACCCAAUUGUUUGCAACCAACCUGCAAGUUCCGCUCCGCAACUGCUUCUGGAAGGGUCAGAUAGCAGGGAGUGGUUUUGGAAUUGCACAAUUCCUUCUGUAUGCCUCUUAUGCCCUCGGUUUGUGGUAUGCUUCAUGGCUGGUGAAGCAUGGCAUCUCCGACUUUUCUAAGACAAUUCGUGUAUUCAUGGUUCUUAUGGUCUCAGCUAAUGGUGCUGCCGAGGCCCUCACUCUUGCACCUGACUUCAUCAAGGGUGGACGUGCCAUGCGAUCAGUAUUCGAGUUAAUUGACCGCAAAACAGAAAUUGAGCCUGAUGAUCCUGAUGCUACUCCUUUACCUGACCGCAUCCGUGGGGAGGUCGAGCUCAAGCAUGUAGACUUUGCCUACCCAUCUUGCCCAGACAUGCCUGUGUUCCGUGAUCUGACACUGCGUGCCCGUGCCGGAAAGAUGUUGGCUCUUGUUGGCCCAAGUGGUUGCGGGAAGAGUUCAGUCAUUUCGUUGAUUCAAAGGUUCUAUGAGCCCACAUCAGGCCGCGUGCUCAUCGAUGGAAAAGACAUAAGGAAAUAUAACUUAAAGGCAUUACGGCAAGUUAUUUCGGUGGUGCCUCAGGAACCAUGCCUUUUCGCUGCAACCAUAUUUGAGAACAUCGCAUAUGGGAGGGAAUCAACAACAGAGGCAGAAGCAGUGGAAGCUGCGACAAUGGCUAAUGCACACAAGUUCAUAUCAGCAUUGCCCGACGGGUAUAGGACAUGGGUCGGAGAGCGUGGGGUGCAGCUAUCAGGGGGACAACGGCAAAGAAUAGCAAUAGCAAGGGCACUAGUGAAGAAGGCACCAAUAAUGAUGUUGGAUGAGGCAACAAGUGCACUAGAUGCAGAGUCGGAGCGGGGUGUGCAGGAUGCACUCGAACGGUCUGGAAUUGGACGGACCACAAUCGUGGUGGCACAUCGCCUUGCGACCAUAAGGAACGCCCAUGUGAUUGCAGUAAUCGACGAUGGGAAAGUGGUGGAACAAGGAUCACAUUCACACCUGCUCAACCACCAUUCUGAUGGGUGCUAUGCCCGAAUGCUCCAGCUGCAGCGCUUUACAAAUGGAGUCGCCAUGGCUGCCGGUGUGCCACUAGGACCAUCAACGAGCACUAGGGAAGCUACAGGAUAGUGAUAACAAGUAAACAAUCUAAACAUAGACGGCACGAUAAUUCCAUUUACUUACUACCACUUUUUCUUUCAUCUUUUGCCAUGUUAAGUUAUUAUUUUUUUGCUGUGAGCUAAACAAGAUGUGCCAUGUAAUUAUAUUGCUCUUAAUAGUCAUUUUUGAGAAUGCAAUACAUCAACUAUGACCAUGUUGAACUCA